AAUGUCAUUAUACCACGUUUGCUCCUUAUCCAACAGCGUCCCCUGCGAGUUUAUCUUCGCACAUGUCCAGAUCAAAUGUUGCUUGUACUUUCUUUACAGGUAGCCUUCAAAUCACAUGUCAAACUCAACAUCAAACUCACAUGUAACAUCACCAUCCUCACGAAUGCAAGACCACAUAUACCAUCACUUAGCAUCGUUCGUUUCUACGGCUAUCACCGCAGACUCCGUUCCAGCGAAUCAUCCUUUCAGUUGAGGUCCAGCAACACCACCAUGGGUAUACCCAGGAGGUACCUGUGCGCGGAUUGUGGUCGAAUGUUUGGCAAUCGAGCUUCUUUGAUGAGACAUCGCGUCUACGAGGGUGAGGGAUGUCAGCAGCAGCCUCCACAGAGGCAGCAGCAACAGGCGGAACAGGCGAUUUCUUCGGUCAAGAGGGUCUCGGUACCCACUAGAUCCAAGAGGAAGCACGUCUGCUCGAAGUGCAACAAAAGCUAUGCUUUCUUCACCUCGUUGUGGAGGCAUCAGAAUUACGAGUGCGGCGUCGAACCCAGAUUCGGCUGUACCGUUUGUAGGGCUAAGUUUGCUCAGAAGAGUAACCUUGACAGGCACAUUCGAGCGAGACACUCGUCGUAAAUAUUGUUUUAGAUUGAUUUUUUAUGAUACAUUUGAACAUUGGUUUUAGAAAUUUUAUUAUUUUCUUGCAUACAUGAUGUGCAUGAGAAUGAUAUGCAUUCAUUUUUGUUACGUUUGUAAUUAAUUUAAUGAGUAAAGAAAGUUUUAGAGAGCAUUUAAGGCAUUUCGUGCAACGAAUGCCUUAUCAACGCAUAAAUCGCGAAGCAAUAUUACUUAUACUGUCGCAGUCUUUGAGAUAUUGACGAAGUAAGAACCGGCUAUUACUAAAUUAAGGUUGAUAGAUAAUGCAAGGCCUAGUAGAAAAUAACGACAGAAGUUAAGAGCGAAUCAAGGUAUUUCAUUAUUUACAAACCCAAACUGAAUCAACACUCCAUAGAUGUUGUACACAUUCCAUAGAAAAUAUAUGUAUAUCUCGCGUUCUAAGUCAAAGUAUUAAUAACUUGACACCGUGAUUCUUUAAUAGUUGAAAGAAAGUAUUCAGAAUGUAACGUUUUAUUUUGUUUCACGUACCGUCACAAUUAUAGUGCCUAUUUCUGUAUUUGUUACGAAAAAAUGUAAGCAGUCAGUUUUCUAAUUUAUAGUAUGCGAUUAAUUAGAAGAAGUAUUUCUACUUCGUUUGAAUGAAAAUUAAAUGUAUCCUAUACGCUACUAUGUUGCUAUUAAGGUAGAGGGAUAUUUGUAUAAAUAAUUUACUACAUUGUACUAAUAAAUGUAAAAAUAUGUA